CGCGGGCGGACGGGGGAGGGGGAGACCUGUGAAGAUGGCGGCAGUGGUAGAGCUAGAGGUUGGACGAGGUGCUGCCGGGGAACCGGAGCUGGAUGAGGUUGAUAUGUCACACCUCUCCCCAGAGGAGCAAUGGAGGGUCGAGCAUGCACGCAUGCAUGCCAAACACCGUGGUCACGAAGCCAUGCAUGCCGAAAUGGUCCUCAUCCUCAUCGCUACCUUGGUGGUGGCCCAGCUGCUCCUGGUGCAGUGGAAGCAGAGGCAUCCUCGCUCCUACAAUAUGGUGACCCUCUUUCAGAUGUGGGUUGUUCCCCUCUAUUUCACAGUGAAGCUGCACUGGUGGAGGUUCCUAGUGAUCUGGAUCUUCUUCUCUGCUGUCACAGCCUUUGUCACCUUCCGAGCCACCCGAAAGCCACUAGUGCAGACAACCCCAAGGUUGGUUUAUAAGUGGUUCCUGCUGAUCUAUAAAAUUAGCUAUGCCACUGGCAUCGUUGGCUACAUGGCUGUCAUGUUUACCCUUUUCGGUCUUAAUUUAUUAUUCAAGAUCAAACCAGAAGAUGCCAUGGACUUUGGCAUUUCUCUCCUCUUCUAUGGCCUCUACUAUGGUGUUCUUGAGCGGGACUUUGCAGAAAUGUGUGCAGACUACAUGGCGUCUACCAUAGGGUUCUACAGCGAGUCAGGCAUGCCUACCAAACACCUCUCGGACAGCAUGUGUGCCGUGUGUGGGCAGCAGAUCUUUGUGGAUGUCAGUGAAGAGGGCAUCAUCGAGAACACGUACAGGCUGUCUUGCAAUCAUGUUUUCCACGAGUUCUGCAUUCGCGGCUGGUGCAUUGUGGGAAAGAAACAGACGUGUCCCUACUGCAAAGAGAAGGUAGACCUCAAGAGGAUGUUCAGCAACCCUCCUCCUCCGGAUCGUUCUGCCUCCAUGACCCUGACACACCAGGGCUCCAGCUCCUGUUUCAAGUUCUCAGCGUGGCUCUGCGAGGUCCUGCGGACAAGUCUGGGAAGUACUCUCGGCGCAGUUCCCAUGGCGGGGCUCACAUGGGAAAAGCAGAGUGGAACCGCGCUGUGGUGCUCCGGAAUGGUGAUUCUGAAAAGUAGGGCUCUUCAGACUUCUUGGGAGCCAGAACAGCUCCGCGGUGAGGAGAGCUUUACCUCCCUUCUGGCUGGCCACAGAGCCAAGAACACCAGGUCCUGGCACAUCAUGACCACCAGACAGAGCUGGACACCAGACUCCAGCCCUUUGUGGUUCCUGUUCCUGUUCCUGUGUGCCCACGUCGUCUCCCAUUUGGCAAGAGCCACACCUAUACCCCAGGCCGGCACAGCUGCUGCAGUCUCAGCUGGGAUCACAAAAGACCCCUCCUCCUCCCGCCCCCCAGCGCUCCCCACAACUAAGCAGUGCCCAGCAUUGGAGGUGACCUGGCCAGAAGAUGGACUCUCACUAAAUGGAACGCUGACUCUGUCCUGUACCGCCUGUAGCCGCUUCCACCACUUCAGCAUUCUCUACUGGCUGGGCAAUGGUUCUUUCAUCGAGCACCUCCCAGACCGGCUGCAGGAGGGCGGCACCAGCCGGGAGCACAGGGGUGCCAUCACGCAGCUGAAGAAGGCCUUGGUGCUGGAGGAGCUGAGCCCCAUCUUGCGCAACACCAACUUCUCCUGUGUUUUCACGGACCCUGAGUACACUGUCCAGCGCCACGUGGUCCUGGCCGACCUCUUGGCUGGGCUGAGGACACUCAUGCCCCCGACUCAAGAAGCCUCCAGAGGGUUCCCUCUGCCUCACCAUCCUGACAGGUGAACUCAAGCCUGGUUGAAACGCCACCUCUUCAUUUAGGUCUAGGCUGUCAGCUCAGGCCACAGUCUGUCAACUUAAUGCUAUAUAUUUGUAUAGGCAUACCUCGUUUUAUUGUGCUUCACAGAUCAUGCAUUUUUUACAAAUUGCAGGUUUGUGGCAACCUUGUGUCGAGUAAGUCUAUUGGCACUAUUUUUCUAACAGCAUUUGUUCACUUCAUGUCAUAUUUUGGUAAUUCUUGAAAUAUUUUAAACUUCUUCAUCAUUUUAUUUGUUAUGAUCUGUGAUCGGUGGUUUUUGAUGUUACAGUUGUGACUGUUUUUGGGGUGCCAUGAAUCAUGCUCAUAUAAGAUGGUAAACUUAAUUGACAAAUGUGUGUGUUCUGACUGUUCUGACUGCCUAUUCCCUGUCUCUCCCCCUCUCCUUGAGCUUCCCUAUUCCCCAAGACAGAACAGUAUUGAAAUUAGGCCAAGUAAUAACCCUACAGUGACCUCUAAAUGUCCAGUGAAAGGAAGAGUCAUCUGUCUCUCACUUUAAAUCGAAAGCUAGAAAUGAUUCAGCUUAGUGAGGAAGGCAUGUCGAAAGCCCGGACAGGCAACAACCUAGUCCUCCCUCUUACACCAAAUAGCCAAGUGGUGAAUGCAAAGGAAAAGUUCUUGAAGGAAAUUAAAAGUGCUACUCCAGGGAACACAUUGAUAAGAAAAUGAAAGUCUUACUGCUGAUAUGGAGAAAGUUUUGGUGGUCUAGAUAGGUGAAACCAACCACAUUCUUUUAAACCAUAGCCUAACCCAAGCAAGGCCCCAACUCUUUGAUUCUGUGAAGGCUGAGAGAAGUGAGGAGGCUGCAAUAGAAAAAUUGGAAGCUAGCAGAGGUUGGUUCAUGAAGUUUAAGAAGCCAUCUCCAUAACAUAGAAGUGCAAGGUGAAGCAGCCAGUGCUGAUGUGGAAGCUACAGCAAGUUAUCCAGGAAAUCUAGCUGAGAUCAUUAAUGAAGAUUGCUACUCUCUCUUUUUAAAAAAAUAUAUUUUAUUGAUUUUUUUACAGAGAGGAAGGGAGAGGGAUAGAGAGCUAGAAACAUCGAUGAGAGAGAAACAUUGAUCAGCCACCUCCUGCACACCCCCCACUGGGGAUGUGCCUGCAACCAAGGUACAUGCCCUUGGCUGGAAUCGAACCCGGGACCCUUCAGUCUGCAGGCCGAUGAUCUAUCCACUGAGCCAAACCGGUUAGGGCAAGAUCGCUACUCUUAAUAACAGAUUUUCAAUGUAGAUGAAACGGUCUAAUGGAAGAAGAUGCCAUCUAGGAAUUUCACAGCUAGAGAGAAGCCAAUGCCUGACUUCAGAGUCUCAAGGGGCAGGCUGAGCCUGGCCGUUCAUUGUGGCUUAGUUGGUUGAGCAUAAUCAUGUCCAGGUUGGGGGCUUGGUCCUCAGUAGGGGGUGUGCAGAAGGCAGCUGAUCCAUGUUUCUCUUUCUAAAAUCAAUACCAAAAAAAUUUUUUUAAGGGCAGGCUGACUUUGUUAGGAGCUAAUGCAGCUGCUGACUUUAAGUUGAAGUCAGUGCUCAUUUACCCUUCUGAAAAUCCUAGGGCUCUUAAGAAUUAUGCUAAAUCUAUUCUGCCUGUGCUCUAGAAAUGGAACAACAAAGCCUAUAUAUGCUAGCACAUCUGUUUACAAUAUGAUUUAUUGAAUAUUUUUGGGACCUACUGCUCAGAACAAACUAUUCCUUUGAAAAUAAUGCUGCUCAUUGACAAGCACCUGGUCACCCAAGAGCUCUGAUGGAAAUGAACGAGAUUAAUGUUCUCAUGCUGCUAACAUUCAUUUUGCAAUCUGUGGAUCAAGGAGUAAUUUCAAUUUUCAAGUCUUAUUAUUUAAGAAAUACAUUUCAUAAUGUGAUAGUUGCCAUAGUAAUUCCUCUGAUAGAUCUGGGCAAAGUAAAUUAAAAACCUUCUGGAAAAGAUUCACUAUUCUUUACUAAGAACAUUAGUGAUUCAUGGGGAAAGGUGAAAUAUCAUCAUUAGCAGGAGUUGGAAAAAGUUGAUUCCAACCCUCAUGGGUGACUUGGGAGGGCUCAAGACUCCAGGGGAGGAAGUAACUUUAUAUGAUGUGGAAAUAGCAAGAGAAUUAGAAGUGGAGCCUGAAGAUGUAACUGAAUUGCUACAAUCUCAUGAUAAAACUUUAAUGGAUGAAGAGUUGCUUCUUGUGGAUGAGCAAAGUGGUUUCUUGAGGUGGAAUGUAUUAGUGGUGAAGAUGCCGUGAAGAUUUGUUGAAAUGACAACAAAAGAUUUAGAAUAUUACUUAGAUGAUAAAGCAGCAGCAGGUUUGGAGGACUGACUCCAGCCCUGGCUGGCAUGGCUCAGUUGGAGUGCCGUCCCAUGCACCAAAGGGUGAUAGUGGGUUUGAUCCCUGGUCAGGCCAUGUGCAGGAGGCUACCGAUUAAUGCAUCUCAUAUUGAUGUUUCUCUCUCCCUCCUCUCUCUCUCUCAAAGUCAAUUAAAAAAAAAAAAAAGGACUCCAAUUUUUUAAAUUUUUUUGCUGUUGUUUUAUUUUUGGAGAGACAUGGAUGUGAGAACAGAACAUCAAUUGGCUGCCUCCUGCACAUUCCCUACCAGGGAUGAAGCCUGCAACCUGGGCAUGUGCCCUGACCAUAAACCAGCAACCUUUUGGUGCAUGAGACAAUGUCCAAUUGAACAACACCGGCUAGGGCUUGACUCCAAUUUUAAAAGAAGUUCUACUGUAGAUAAAAAUACUAUUAAACAGCAUUGCACUCUAUAGAGAAAUUAUUCGUGAAAGUCAAUCAGUGCAGCAAACUUCAUUUUCUUAUUUUUAGAAAUUGCCACAGCCAUUCCAACCCUUAGCCAUUCUGCUCUUAGCAGCCAACAUCAAGGCAAGACCCUCUACCAGCAAAGAUUACAACUCACUGAAAGCUCAGAUGGUGAAUAGCAUUUUUUAGCUAUGAUGUGUUUUUUAGUUAAUGUACGUUGUUUAGACAUGCUACUGCAUACUUAAUAGACUACAGUGGAAACCAAAAUAUUUUGUAACUGACUUUAUUGCAAUAUCCACUUUGUUGUAGUGGUCUGGAACCGAACCUGCAAUAUCUAAGCUAGCCUGUAUUGUCCUCCCUCCCCCAAGAGAUUGGGCAGAGGCUGCUUCUGAUACACAAUUGUAUCUUUUUUU